AUGAGCAAAGGAUAUGUACGGGAAAGCAUGAGUCAAUGUGCAGUACCUGUGUUGCUGGUGCCAAAGAAAGAUGGAGAUUGGAGAAUCAAGAAUCUUGAUGAGCAUGUAGAACAUUUAAGAUGUGUGCUUGUGGUUUUGAGAAAUGAACAACUUUAUGCUAAUUUUAAGAAGUGUACUUUUUGCACGGAUAGAGUUGUGUUUCUAGGCUUUGUGGUUAGUACUAAUGGUGUAGAGGUAGAUGAAGAGAACAUAAAAACUAUUAAAGAUUGGCCGACACCUAAAAGCAUAACCAAAGUCAGGAGUUUUCAUGGAUUGGCUAGUUUUUAUAGGCGUUUCGUCAAGGAUUUUAGCACAAUCACCACACCACUAACUGAGAUUGUCAAGCAAAAUGUGGGGUUUCAAUGGGGGGUAAAACAAGAACAUGCAUUCAACAUCAUCAAAGAUUGUUUGUGUAAAGCAUCGAUUUUAGCACUUUCUAACUUUGACAAAACUUUCGAGAUUAAGUGUGAUGCAUUAGGAAUAGGUAUUGGAGCAGUCUUAAUGCAGGAUAAGAGACCUAUAGCCUCCUUUAGUGAGAAGCUAAGUGGAGUAGCUCUCAACUAUCCUACGUACGACAAGGAGCUCUAUUCACUGUUCGAGCCUUGGAGACAUGGCAGUAUUACCUGUGGCCAAAAGAGUUUGUAA